GGACCGAGCCGACCGGGUUCUGGGCAGCACUGGGACAAGAUUAGUCCACUUGCAACACAGGGGGGACAAGCGGACGAACCACGACCACAUCACCAUGGCUACCAGGGGGAACGCCGAUGACGCCUCCGACCUCUGGACAGCGGUACUACAGGUCCAAAACGAGUUGGAAUCGUUGAUGACUGAGUAUCCCGCUGUAGCAUCGGAGUUUUAUGUGACCUGCCACCAGUGUUUGAGGAUAGGAGCGGAGGAACCACACCGUUUCCCAGAGACCCUGAUGAAGCAUCCCCACGCAGUUGAGACUGGAACUGUGAAGUGCCCAGUCGUAGACCAUGGACAGGUGAACACAGCGCUGGCCCUGCCGCCUCACGAGUGUAACGUCCACGUCUCAGGUUCGUCGCAUUAAAAUUACAUCACUCACAUUGCGUUAACGUUUUGAUGUACACCUUUUACAUAUUCAUGUAUUCAAGUCUUCGUUCAAACCUUUGACCAAUUGUUGAUGUCACCUUGAUCCACAAGGUCACGUGUUGAUAAGAUCAGUGUCUGUAAUUUUUGCGAGUUUACGUUCUGAAAUGGUCAGCAGUAUUGAUUUUGAAGAAGGCGACAGUGGUCGUUGAAAAUUUGAUCCGUAUAUACCUUUGUGUUGGAAGAAAGUUUAGCAUUGUACUAUGAUUACUCCCAAUACAGAUGAGCUUCAAUGAUAAUUUUCGUACAAACGUUGUGUCACUGGUAGAAAUGAAUAGAAAGGAACUUAAUAGAGCAGGCCCGUUGUUUUCCUACUUAUUAUGUUGCUUGAGCUACUAACAUUGUCGGGAACAAACCUAUUUAUAUACUAAGUAGUUAAUCCCUUAUCCGUGACCGUCACUAAGCUUAGCAUUCCGUGCACCUGUAUUCCCAUCACGUUCCAAGUGCAUGUAUGAAGUGGUCUUCAAUGACCGGUUGACCAUAACGUUUAAAGCCAAUAUGAUGAUAUCCUUUGUAUUGUCUUCUACAGGACUCAACGGAACUCGACAAGUCGUCAACAAUGUCACCACCAUCCACAACACACAGAAUUACGAGGCGUGUCAGUUUGGGAACAACAAUCAGCUUAUCAAGAACCCAUCCCCUGAGAAUUACGAGUAGGAAAGAUCAAGGUCCUUGCCGCUGCAGUGUGUUCACCUUGCCUGGACAGUUGGACACACGAACCAAAGCAAGGGGACCCAAAAUACGAAAAUACGCACAAACAAAAGGAAAGUUAGGAAACCAUGUAAGAAUAUUGUCCUGAAUAGACACCUGUUCCGUGUAAGGGCAAGUACAAAUGCAUACGUACGAGUGUAAGAAGGAAGCAGACAUACCAGUCUCAAACUUGGAGCACUAUCGAGUUUAGAUAAAGGCACAAACAAGCACACUUCAAUGUGGAUGAUGCUGAAGAGGUUA